AUGGUUCAGAAAGUAGUUCAGAAGCUUUCUGGGGGUGUGUGGAAUCGGAACUUUAACCUUAACACUUCUGUAGCGUUUAACUUGUGUACCUUGCUUUUCUCAUCAUCUGUUCUGCUUCUUCUUGCACAGGAACACAGGCUCUCGAUUUGCAGCAAAUUGUGCUAUGCAAUAGGAGGUGCCCCAAAUCAAGUGGCAGGGAGUGCUGCUGCUUUCUUCCUGCAGAUCUACCUGCUGGAUAUAGCCCAUAUUACUCCAUUUCAUGCUUCUCUGGUGCUGUUCAUUGGCAAAGCCUCAGGUGCAUUUACUGAUCCUGUUGCUGGCUUUUUUAUUAGCAAAAGUAGAUGGACAAGAAUUGGCCGGCUCAUGCCUUGGAUGCUGGCAUGUACACCCUUCACAGUAGUGUCCUAUUUUUUCAUGUGGUACCUGCCUCCUUUUGUGUCAGGAAGAGCUGCAUGGUACGUGACUUUCAACUGCCUUUUCCAAGCUUUGACCACAUUAUUCCAAGUACCAUAUUCUGCCCUCACCAUGUUUCUCAGCACAGACCAGAAGGACAGAGAUUCUGCAACAGCGUAUCGAAUGACCAUGGAAGUGCUUGGGACCUUGAUUGGAGCAGCACUUCAGGGGCAGAUUGUGGCCAGUGCUCAUGUCUCUCAUCACUGCACUGUGAAUCCCCCAGUAAACACAACUGACUCCUGGCAUGACACUACCAGCAUUCCAGACCCCUCAGAUAUCCUGUCUCAUCAAGCAAAAGUUUAUAUGAUUGCAGCAGGGGUCAUAGGAGGUGUGUAUCUUCUUGGAAUUGUUGUUCUUUUUCUUGGAGUAAAGGAAAAAGAUGAUCCUUAUGCCUUAAGUUCAGACAGAGCAAUCCCUUUUUGUAAGGGGCUUGGACUCACCAUGAAGCAUGGUCCAUAUGUGAAACUUACAGCUUCAUUUCUUCUCAUCUCGACAGCAGUUCAGCUGGAGCAGAGCAACUUUGUCCUGUUCUGCACUCAAGCUUCUGGCCUUCGCAAUCACUUCCAGUAUUUGGUGGUGACCAUCUUGGUAUCAGCAGCUGUGAGUGUUCCCUUCUGGCAGAAGAUUCUGCAGCGAUUUGGCAAGAAAUGUGCAGCAUGUGGGAUUUCGUGGAUGAUUCCUUUUGCAGUCAUGCUAGUGACCAUUCCAAACUUGAUCCUGGCUUACCUCGUGGCUUUCGUCUCUGGUCUGAGCAUUGCAGCAUCUCUUCUGUUGCCAUGGUCAAUGCUGCCUGAUGUUGUUGAUAACUUUCGCCUGCAGAAUCCUCAUGGAAAAGGACAAGAAACCAUUUUCUAUUCUUCUUAUGUUUUCUUUACCAAGAUGUCAGCAGGAAUUGGCUUAGGAAUUUCUGCAGCAGGACUAGAGUUUACUGGAUACAAACCAGGGAUAUGCAGACAGUCAGAUGAUGUGAUCCUCACCCUGAAAAUCCUCAUUGGAGCGGUCCCUGGUAUCCUCGUCUUUAUGGGUUUAUUUAUACUCUUUUUCUACCCAAUCACUGAACAAAGUCGGAAAGAAACAAAGCUUGCACUUGAAGAGUUAAGGAGGAGCCAUCAAAGCACGGAGAACUUGGAUGACCACAAAAAGGACACCUCAGUCUGAAAGCUCUGAACACAGUGACUUUCCAAAUACGGACUCACAUCCUACCAACAAACCCCAUGAGAGUUUUCUAGGUCAUUUCUCUGCUUACAUUUUAUCAAAAAGGAUAAAGAAUGAUUCUGACAUAAUAACAAAAUCAAGAGAGGACACCACUGUGCAAAUAUACACCUAACUCUGUGCGCUGUGCUAAAAAGGACAUUACACAUGGUCAGGAAAGCAAGCUAUUGAAGGCUUGAGGGUUUUUUGUUUGUUUUUCAGUGAUUAAUGGAAAGCUGUGAUCUCGUUGCACAGGAGAUUCUAUGGAUUUGUAGGUCAAGAGGAAAAAAAAUGUAAAUGUGACCAUAGAGUUAUAAAAUGUCCUGAAUUGAAAAGGACUCACAAGGGCCAUUGAGUCCAAUUCCUGAUGCACCACCCAAAUAUUAACUCACAAUAUAUUUCACCCUUGGAGGCUGGGGUGGAUUUUGAGCACAAUCUCUACCUGCAACUUGCACACUAAUGUGUUUGGGAAGCACUUGGGAAUACUGAAGUAUAUUAUAAAAAGUUAGGAUUUAUUUUGUUUUGAAAUUAAGCAAAUCACUGAUGCAGACAUGUUUUGAGGAUUUUCUCACAAAGAGUUUUUUCUGAAAGAGACUUUGAGGUAAUUUAACUUCAUAGCUUUUAUAUAAAACAGAACCUUACAAGUCGUGUUACUGAUGUUUCUUGCUUCUGAAACCUGUAAACUGAUUUCUCUCAGAGAAUGAGAACAUUUUCAAAAUCAACAUCUGCAUUCAGGAUUUGCAAAAUCAGAAGUCCGUUCCCAAAAUUAUCAUUCCAAAAAAUAUCAUUCAAAUGUGUGCAAAUUUUGGCCUUUAAAUAAUCAUGGUGUAGGCUCCCUGCCUCACCAAACAUGAUGGCAUAGCUGUUAAUCUCAACUUGCACUUGUUUUAUAAUAAUGAGGCUACACCUGCCUUUUAAGUGGUGGUUUUUUUCAGUCAGGGAUGUUAUCAUGCUUUAGAUACAUUAACUGAAACCUCAUUUCUACUGUAGAUUCACACUGCUGAACACAUUUUGUAGAUGAAGACACACCUAACCUCAGGCACCUUCUGGAGCACUUAAGUUGAGAUCUGUUCUUUCUGGGCUUCUGUAGUCAGUACAGAGACCUCGAGAGACUGGCUCCAAGCUUAAGCUAAAAUGGCUGAACUCUGAAGAUGUAUCUAAAUCUGGAAGGGACAAUGAGGAAUUUAAGAGUUAAAGGCUUGUACACCUCAAAGAAAUUAGCACAAGACAAGACAAGACAUGAAUUUCAGCUCACUACCUUCACUGUAUGACUCUGUGAGAGGGUGCCUUUGUGUUGUACCAGAAGUGCCUUUGGAGGACUGGCUUGCCACUGUUUGGGAGGACUUGGAGGCUGUGGCCACAAGUACUUCACUCAGGGCUGUCUGGGAGGUGACUCACAGUGCUGAGACUGGAAACUGGGAAAGCUUUUACUGAAGGACACUGCAGUAAAAUCAGUGCAGCUCCGAGUAUCUCCUUAAGUUUAGUACUGAAACUUUGUCAGGCAAGUUUGAAGUCUCAGCCAUAUGAACUGUCCUAAUUCAGCAAAAUGCUUGAUCAUGAGUGAGGUUCUAAGGAUAUAUUUUGAGUGUGUGUGGGUAAGAGUUAACUACAUUUAAGAUUUCUGUUGAAUUGACAUCUAAGGCUCUUUGUUCUUGUUUCGUUUUUUUGACAAAUCAAGAUUUGUAUGCCUGGGGCAUAUAUGUUUAAAGCAAUAAAAACCAUAAGCCUGUUUACAAUUUUGAGUCUGAUGGAAUUUGAAAUAGCAGAUUUACUGCACUUUGAAGUAAGUUAUGUAGGUAAGUUAUGAAGCAAUAUCACAUAGCUCCAAAACAUCACAGAAAACAG